AUGGCCGAGGGCGGCGGGGGCGCGCGGAGGAGGGCGCCGGCGCUGCUCGAGGCGGCCCGCGCGCGCUACGAGAGCCUGCACAUCUCGGACGACGUGUUCGGCGAGUCGGGCCCGGACAGCGGCGGGAACCCCUUCUACAGCACGUCGGCCGCCUCGCACUCCUCCUCGGCCGCCUCCUCGGACGACGAACGCGAGCGCCCCGGCCCCCCGCCGCCGCCGCCCGGUGCUCCCGACGCGCAGGAAGCCGAGGAGGACGAGGCUGGCGCGGGCUGGAGCGCCACGCUGCGGGACCGCCCGCCCCCGCGCUUCGAGGACACCGGCGGUCCAACCCGAAAGAUGCCCCCCAGCGCCAGUGCCAUGGACUUCUUCCAGCUCUUUGUCCCCGACAACGUGCUCAAGAACAUGGUGGUGCAGACGAACAUGUACGCCAAGAAGUUCCAGGAGCGCUUCGGCAGCGACGGCGCCUGGGCCGAGGUGACGCUGACGGAGAUGAAGGCGUUCCUGGGCUACAUGAUCUCCACCAGCAUCUCCCACUGCGAGUCGGUCCUCAGCAUCUGGAGCGGCGGCUUCUACAGCAACAGGAGCCUCGCCCUGGUCAUGAGCCAGGCCCGCUUCGAGAAGAUCCUCAAGUACUUCCACGUGGUGGCCUUCCGCUCCAGCCAGACCACGCACGGCCUCUACAAGGUCCAGCCCUUCCUCGACUCCCUGCAGAACGGCUUCGACUCUGCCUUCAGGCCUUCCCAAACCCAGGUGCUACACGAACCCCUGAUUGACGAGGACCCCGUGUUCAUCGCCACGUGCACAGAGCGGGAACUGCGAAAGAGGAAAAAGCGGAAAUUCAGCCUCUGGGUCAGGCAGUGUUCUUCCACCGGCUUCAUCAUCCAGAUUUACGUCCACCUGAAGGAAGGCGGGGGCCCCGAUGGGCUGGAUGCGCUGAAGAAUAAGCCCCAGCUCCACAGCAUGGUCGCCCGAAGCCUGUGCCGGAACGCGGCGGGCAAGAACUACAUCAUCUUCACGGGGCCCAGCAUCACCAGCCUGACCCUGUUCGAGGAGCUGGAAAAGCAAGACAUCUACUGCUGUGGCCUGCUCAGCCCCAGGAAGAGUGACUGCACCGGCCUGCCCCCAUCCAUGCUGAGCAACCCGGCCACCCCCCCGGCCCGGGGCCAGCACCGCAUCAAGAUGAAGGGGAACAUGUCUCUGAUCUGCUGGUACAACAAAGGGCCCUUCCGCUUCCUGACCAAUGCCUACUCGCCUGUGCAGCAAGGAGUGAUCAUCAAGAGGAAGACUGGGGAGAUCCCCUGCCCCUUGGCCGUGGAGGCGUUCGCUGCUCACCUUAGCUACAUCUGCAAAUACGACGACAAGUACAGCAAGUAUUUCAUUUCUCAUAAACCAAACAAGACCUGGCAACAGGUGUUCUGGUUCGCCAUCAGCAUCGCGAUCAAUAACGCCUACAUCCUGUACAAGAUGUCAGACGCCUACCACGUGAAGAGGUACAGCCGGGCGCAGUUCGGCGAGAGACUGGUGAGGGAGCUGCUGGGUCUGGAGGAAGCCUCCCCAGCCCACUGAUGCCAGACGGCCAGGCCUAAGUGAGGACCAGGUCCGGGAGGCCGGAGGAGGGAGGGAGCGGGCCAUUCUGACCUGCCCAGCCAGAGCCCUGCGGGUGCCCCCCCCACCCCACUUCCCGGGGGUGGCCCCAGCCCGGAGGGGUGCCCACGGCUUCCACGG